AUUCCUAAAAAUUUUCACGCUAAAUAAUGAUUAUACUAUUAAUUUGUGCUGUUAAAUAAGUUGAUUUUAUCGAGUGUCCUAGCAUUUGUAGCUAAUAUCGGAAGCUGGUCAUAGAAAGUGCCGAAAUUCAGAUGGAAACAAUUUUGUGAUUCGUAUUACCCACAUGUAAAGUUGUAUGCUUUUAGUGUCAUCGCAAUGUUUGAGGCAUGGUGAAAUUAGAUCGUUUCAGUGAAUAAAUAGAUAAAAGUGGAACGCUUUGGGGUACUGUGAAGAAUAUUUUUGAUGUGUUGAGGAUCUUUCAUAAAAAAGAACAAUCGUUUAGUCUUGUGCUCUGAUCGAGAUUGCUCUUAUUCACCAUGCCACAGAACGAGUACAUUGAACGUCAUAUUAAGCUGCAUGGUCGCCGUCUAGACUAUGAAGAACGCAAACGAAAGCGCGAGGCCCGCGAGCCGAAAAAGCGCGCAGCAAUGGCCCGUAAAUUGCGUGGCAUCAAAGCAAAGUUGUUCCAAAAACAACGACGAAAUGAAAAGAUUCAAAUGAAGAAAAAAAUACAAGCGCAUGAGGAAAAAAAGGUUAAGAAAACAACCGAAAAAGUUGAAGAUGGAGCGAUUCCAACCUAUCUGCUUGAUCGUGGCGUACAAUCUAGUGCCAAAGUAUUGUCUAAUAUGAUCAAGCAAAAACGAAAGGAAAAGGCCGGAAAAUGGGACGUUCCAAUUCCGAAAGUUCGAGCACAAUCGGAUGCUGAAGUAUUUAAAGUGAUCCGUAGCGGAAAAACAAAACGAAAAGCUUGGAAGCGAAUGGUCACGAAAGUGACAUACGUAGGAGAGAAUUUCACACGUAAACCUCCCAAGUUUGAGCGAUUCAUUCGACCAAUGGCACUUCGGUUCAACAAAGCGCACGUGACACAUCCGGAGCUCAAGGCCACAUUCCACCUGCCUAUUAUCGGUGUCAAAAAGAAUCCAUCCUCACCCAUGUACACCAGCCUUGGUGUUAUUACCAAGGGUACUGUGAUCGAGGUGAACAUUUCCGAGCUAGGUUUAGUGACGCAAUCUGGCAAGGUAGUCUGGGGCAAGUAUGCGCAGGUCACAAACAAUCCCGAAAACGACGGAUGCAUCAAUGCAGUGCUUUUGGUUUAAUUAAAUCGUGUACCUUCAAAUCUGUUCUCAUUAUUAGGUUUACUUUAAAUAUUUUAUGUGAUGAUGUAUUUGGAAUAAAACCAUAUACAUGUUCAGGAUAA